CUUGAACGGACCUAUAUUCCGACCAGGCAUCCUCUGCAGCGCGAGGCUACGCGAGAGAUCUCGCACGUUACAAUCUCCGACGUCCAUCGAUUGUUUAUCGUGUGAUUUUUACCGCGCAAUAGCCGUAAAAUUUAUUAUCAGCAAUCGGUAGAGUCAAACGAGGAUUUAGGAAACUUUGGCGCUCAUCGAAUCUUUACUGGUUGGAGAACGAAGAAAAUUAACAGGAUGCGUACCCUCAACACGCAACAAAUCCUCAAAGACGAGGAGUGCUUCGAGAUAAUCCGCAAGAAGCUGCACAAGGACUCGAUGGAGGAUUUCUCGUUGAUCACCUACGAAGUGGUGCCCAUAGACAAGGUGAACGGUUACAUGGGUCAAUAUUUUACCUUGAAGGCCACCGUGGCCUGUCCUCAGUCGCCGUCGGAAACGAAGAACAUCAAUUUCUUCACGAAAACACCGCCGCCGUUGACCAGUCCGCAAUACGAUUUUCUCCAAGAAUAUGGCUCCUUCAGGAAAGAAGUCGCCCUUUACACGACGGUAUUUCCAGAGGUACUGCACGGUCCAGAGUUUAGAUGUAUUCCGGAGUGCUUCCUGGGGCUGGAGAACGACGUGAUAGUUUUGGAAGACAUGGCCAACAGCGGCUACGAAAUGACGGACAAAUUUAAACCCUUCGAUUUCGAACACUGCAAGAUUUUGAUGAAAACGUUAGCUAAAUUUCACGCCAAGUCUUUCAUCUUCGAAGAGGUGUACCAGAAGAAUUUGCACGACGAAUUCUCUCACUGUAUGCAAGAGACGCUGUGGCCCCUUAAAGAUGGCCGCGCGAAAUCAAUGUUCGACGCCGCCGUGAAGGGCAUAGUCUCGAUGAUAGACGCGAUACCCGAGCUGAACGAGGAUCAGAAGAAAGAAUUCAGGACGAAGAUGAUCGAUUUGUCCACCGGUCAUGCUGGCAAACUCUUGCCAUCUUCGAAACACAAAAAUGUACUUUGCCACGGAGACUUGUGGGCGAACAACAUUCUGUUCAAGUACGAUAACGAAGAUAAGCCUGUGGAAUGCUGUCUCAUCGAUUUCCAACUGGCUAGGUACAAUCCACCUGUACACGAUAUUCUCUGUUUUCUCCAAUUCACAACGACUCGAAAGCUUCGCGAGGAACACAGUCAAGAGUUAUUCGAAGUUUAUCACAACUCAAUGGCGGAUGCUUUGAAAGAAGCGAACCUAGACAUUGCGACGAUUUUCCCUUGGAACGAAUUCAUCGAGUCUAUCGAGGACUUGCGACUUAUGUGCAUCGUUCACGGUGUCCUGAACAUACCGAUCAUGCUGUUGGAACCCACUGCGGCCAGCAAGUAUUUUGCAGACGAGCCACAUCUUCUGGAAAGUGUUCUUUACGUGGACAGAACGCCCCUUAUUUGCGAACAAUUAGAUAAUGUGCCCGAAUAUCGGGCCAGAAUGUUGGACGCUCUUUUAGAGUUAUACGAUCGUGUGGCUGGAUAAAGGCACGACGAAUAUUAGGACUUAUUUUCAAUGUAGAUGCCAGAAACGCGAUGUCGAUCGAAAUCGCUAACUUGGAACGUGAGCGAUGAGCACAGCGAGAGUCUCGAUAGCUCCAGGCAAAAACAAUAAAACGAGUAUUAUUAGUCAAACGAUUUACACCAUUUUCGUUGGAAAACAUUAAGCUUAAUAAGAGUUCGUUUCAAUAACGAUUGGAAUUACAAAUAUUUCCAUUAAUAUCAUAUCGUUGCUGACGAUUUGUUCAAAAAUAUACCUUGUUGCACAACUAGAUGUCCAUAGGUAGAAACACGAAUCGUAGAUUUUUGAGUAACCAGUCGCUGAUGUUCGUCGAAUUUAUGCAAUAACGAUGCAACUGUUAUCUGUCGAUGACAGUGGUUGCUGUCGAAGAUAAUUAACAGAAUGGGUUUUAGCAGAUGUCGCUAAAACCAGCACUGACUGAUGACAAAGUUUUACAAUUACAGAAAACUUAUUUGGUGAAGGUGCUUACGAUAGAUUAAUUAAUAUACAGAAUUAUUUUAUUACUGUUCUAAAAACCACUGUACUUUAUAUUGUUA